AUGGAAGACAGCUUGAUGGUGUUGAGCUCACUGCUGAGCAACAGGUACAAUGCCCCAUUUAAGAAGGAUAUCCAGGAGUGGGUGUCCAAACUGUCCAACACCACAGAUAUCAUAGAGAACUGGAUGGUUGUACAGAACCUGUGGGUCUACCUGGAAGCUGUGUUUGUUGGAGGAGAUAUCGCUAAACAGUUGCCAACGGAAGCCAAACGUUUCCAAAACAUAGACAAAUCCUGGGUGAAGAUAAUGACGCGGGCCCAUGAGACCACCAAUGUGGUGCAGUGUUGUGUUGGAGAUGAAACACUUGGCCAGCUACUGCCUCACUUACUGGAACAGUUAGAACUGUGUCAGAAGUCACUGACUGGAUAUCUUGAAGGCAAGAGACUGCUAUUCCCUCGAUUCUUCUUUGUAUCAGAUCCAGCCUUACUGGAAAUCUUGGGUCAAGCCAGUGAUUCACAUACUAUUCAGGCUCAUCUUCUGGGAGUGUUUGAAAAUGUGAAUGAAGUGGAAUUCCAUGAGAAAGACUAUGAUAGGAUAUUGGCUUGUGUGUCAAGAGAAGGAGAAAAAAUUAUGCUAGAGACAGAGGUGAUGGCCAAGGGUAAUGUGGAGACCUGGCUGAUGGAGCUGCUUAUUCAACAACAGAAGUCUCUCCAUGCUAUCAUCAGAGAGGCUGACAGAGUGAUCAAUGACUCUGGAUUUGACAUGCUUAAAUUCCUCAAUGACUACAUUGCUCAGGUUGGCCUGCUGGGUAUCCAGAUGUUGUGGACCAGGGACGCGGAGGAGGCUCUCACCAAUGCCAGACAUGACAAGACCAUCAUGGGGAUAACUAACCAGAAGUUCCUAGACAUCCUGAACAAACUCAUUGAGCAGACCACCCAUGAACUGACCAAAGUGGAGAGGGUCAAGUUUGAGACUCUGGUCACCAUACAUGUCCACCAGAGGGAUAUAUUUGAUGAUUUGACCAGAAUGCACAUUCGUAACCCAGCCGACUUUGAGUGGCUGAAACAAGCCAGGUUUUAUUUCAAGGAAGACACAGAUCAGUGUAUUGUAUCUGUGACUGAUGUGGACUUUAUCUACCAGAAUGAGUCUCUGGGAUGUACUGAUAGGCUGGUGAUUACACCUCUCACUGACAGGUGUUACAUCACCCUGGCCCAGGCCCUGGGUAUGUCCAUGGGUGGAGCCCCUGCAGGACCAGCUGGCACAGGCAAGACUGAAACCACCAAAGACAUGGGCAAGGCACUGGGAAAGUAUGUGGUCGUCUUCAACUGCUCAGAUCAGAUGGACUUCAGGGGACUGGGAAGGAUUUAUAAAGGUCUAGCACAGUCAGGCUCGUGGGGUUGUUUUGAUGAAUUCAACCGUAUUGACCUCCCUGUGUUGUCUGUGGCUGCCCAGCAGAUCCACAUCAUCCUGUCUGCCAGGAAAGAGAGGAAGAAGCAGUUCAUUUUCUCUGAUGGAGACACUGUGGAUCUCAACCCAGAGUUUGGAUUCUUCAUCACCAUGAAUCCAGGUUAUGCAGGUCGUCAAGAGCUCCCAGAAAACUUGAAGAUUCAGUUCAGAUCAGUGGCCAUGAUGGUACCAGACAGACAGAUCAUUAUGAGGGUGAAGUUAGCUUCUUGUGGUUUCAUUGAAAAUGUUAUCCUGGCCCAGAAGUUUUACACCCUGUACAAACUUUGUGAAGAGCAACUUUCAAAGCAGGUUCAUUAUGAUUUUGGCUUGAGGAACAUUCUGUCUGUGCUGCGUACGUUAGGAGCUCAAAAGAGAGCCAGGCCAACAGAGACAGAGAGCACUAUUGUCAUGAGAGUGUUGAGAGACAUGAACUUGUCUAAACUAGUUGAUGAAGACGAGCCCCUGUUCCUCAGCCUGAUUGGAGACUUGUUCCCUGGGAUCCAACUGGACAAUGCCACCUAUGAAGAGCUACAGGUGGCCAUUGAGAAGGAAGUCAAUGAUGUCAAACUAGUCAAUCAUCCAUCGUGGAAUCUGAAGCUUGUUCAGCUGUAUGAGACCCAGAAUGUGCGUCAUGGUAUGAUGACCCUAGGUCCCAGUGGAGCAGGUAAAAGCUGCUGUAUUCAUGUAUUAAUGAAGGCAAUGACAGACUGUGGAGCCCCACACAGAGAGAUGAGGAUGAAUCCUAAGGCCAUCACUGCUCCACAGAUGUUUGGGAGACUGGAUGUGGCCACUAAUGACUGGACUGAUGGCAUUUUCUCAACUUUGUGGAGGAGGAGUCUGAAGGCUAAGAAAGGUGAGCACAUCUGGAUAGUGUUGGAUGGCCCUGUAGAUGCUAUAUGGAUUGAGAACUUGAACUCGGUACUGGAUGACAACAAGACUCUCACUCUGGCCAAUGGUGACAGGAUUCCCAUGUCUCCCACCUGUAAGAUUAUAUUUGAGGUACACAACAUUGACAAUGCUUCCCCUGCCACAGUAUCUAGGAAUGGUAUGGUCUACAUGAGUUCAUCUGCUCUUGACUGGAGGCCAAUACUACAGGGCUGGCUGAACAACCGUAUACCUGCUGAAGCUGACAUUCUCCAAGGGCUGUUUGACAAGAUCUUUGAUGACAUCUACAACUAUGCCUCAGUCAGCUUAGAGUCAAAGAUGGAGGUCUUGCAGUGCAACCAGAUAAGACAGACCUGUGACUUGUUGGAGGGGCUGAUCAUACAUGCUAUUGACCAUGACAAGGCUCACUACAGUGCCAACCACCUGGAGAGAAUCUUCAUCUUUGCCUUGAUGUGGAGCAUUGGAGCUCUACUGGAGCUGGAAGACAGAGCCAAGAUGGAAGAGUUCUUAAAGUCACAUGAAAGCCACCUUGACUUGCCACCUGUCAAAGGAGAAGAGACCAUCUUUGAAUAUGUGGUCAGUGCUUCAGAGACAUAUGUCCUGGAGUUUAUCCAACUAAACCCAUAG